CGCUCCUGCCAUGGCAUCCCUCUUCUCUGGCCGUAUCUUGAUCAGGAACAACAGUGACCAGGAUGAGGUGGAGACUGAGGCCGAGUUGAGCCGCCGGCUAGAGAAUCGCCUUGUGCUGUUGUUCUUUGGCGCCGGGGCCUGCCCCCAGUGCCAGGCCUUUGCCCCAGUCCUCAAAGACUUCUUUGUUCGACUCACUGAUGAGUUCUACGUGCUGCGGGCGGCACAGCUGGCCCUGAUCUACGUGUCCCAGGACCCCACGGAGGAGCAACAAGACCUGUUCCUCAAGGACAUGCCUGAAAAGUGGCUGUUCCUGCCUUUCCAUGAUGACCUGAGGAGGGACCUGGGGCGCCAGUUCUCCGUGCGUCGUCUGCCGGCCGUCGUGGUGCUCAAGCCGGGCGGGGACGUGCUGACGAGCGACGCGACGGACGAGAUCCAGCGCCUGGGACCCGCCUGCUUCGCCAACUGGCAGGAGGCGGCGGAGCUGCUGGACCGCAGCUUCCUGCAGCCCGAGGACCUGGACGAGCCCGCAAGGCGCAGCAUCACCGAGCCUCUGCGCCGCCGCAAGUACCGCGUGGACCGGGAUGCGGGCCGGGGCCGGGGCCGGAGCCGGAGCAGCCACCACUCUGGUGACCCAGGGGAUGCAGGUGCAAGGGCAGAGCUCUGGUGGCCCCCAGGGGAACCCGGCUGCAGGGGUGGGGCUCUGGUGACCCCCACGGGUAUCUGGGUGUAGAGGCGGGGCUAUGGUAACCCCUAGAAGAACCCGGGUGCAGGGGCGGCGCUCUGAUUAGCCUUCUCCUCCGGCAUGCUCUGGACGUUCCCUAGACAGCAGUGCAGAUUGGCCUUGAACUCACCAUUCUUCUGCCUCAGCCUAAGGAGUAGCUGGAACGGCAGCCAAAGACAGACAAGUUUCCCCUUCCAGGUCACCCCUAGUCUUUGAAAGAACGCAGGGAUCCCCACGAACAGGUCCUGGGCACGGUACCAGGGACUUAGUGCAUGCUAAGCAAGCUUUCUAACCAUAGAACCCCAGCCUCAAACACCCUGUUCAUAACAAACAAAAAGCACUCCUGCAGCAAGGGUUUGUGGCGCAGGCUCAGUGGUUCAGUGCUCUGGACGCAGGUGCAGGGCCGGUGCGGAAUGACGCUUGCUGUGAAGACUGGGAACCCGAGCCCAAUCCCCAGAACCCACGUGGUGGAAGGGAGAACCGACUCACGCGAGUUGCUGACCUCCGCACGCUCCUGGUGGCACGUGCACACCCACCCACUUACAGAACAAAAAUAUCAUUUUAAGUCUUGUGCAAAACAACAACACAUAAAAAAGAAAACAAGUGUGCAGAAGAAGGAUCCGGAGCCCAAGGCCGUUUUGGGUUAUGUAGAGGGCUCUAGGUCGGCCUGGGCUACGUGAUACCAAGCCGCAGACGAGGAAGCCUGCAGGGGUGUAGCGCCGCUCCUCGGCACAGGCACCUCCCUCUGUAGGAGCGCAAGGGACCUGCAUGCCGAUGGUUUCGCUUUGCCUACGGCGCCCUCUGGCGGCCCAAAGGGGAUGGCUCGUGCAAACGAGACGUCCAGCGCGUCCACGGGAGCUGGCAAGAAUCUGGCAAGAAAAAGGAAGAAAGCUUCGAACCGCAGGAGUCGUGACCCCGCAGGCAGUUCAUGCGCCUCUGUUCCCAUCUUGGAGUAGUGGGGGAAACUGAGGCUCAAGACUGAAUAAGGAUGCCUGCUGGCUACCAAGCCUGACUGCCUGAAUUCGAUCCUGGGUACCCAUGUAGGGCAAGGAAAGAGCCUACUCCUACAAGUUGUCCUUAAAUUACUGUGAUUAUGAUUUUGUUUUCAA